AUGAUGAUGGCCGGGCCUCCAUGCUCACUCGUGUCAAGUAUCCCGUGCACGCCGUCCCUCAUCGACAACACCGCAAGCGCACCGGCGGCGAUGGCCAGCAAGGAGCUCAAGAAUGGCGCGAGAACGAUGGCGAUGAUGACGAGCGCAGCACUGGCUUUGGUCUGGGCGGCAACCCUCGUUUCGUUAGCAGCGAGUCUGCCCGGGCUGAUAUUGCUCAGCGUGGCAUUCCAGGAGGACACAAUCUCGGUAAUGCGUCGUCCUCGGUCAUUGCCCAAGCGGUCUCUUAGCGAAUCCUCUAGGGUGCCGAGCAGAUUCUUGGUCGGGGGGAACGCGCGCCGACAAUUCGUCUCGCCCGUGGUCUCGAAGACAUCGCAUAUCCCUGUGUAUCAAACCUUGGGUUACUAG